AUGUCAUAUUAUGCCAUAAAUGAUCCUUCUACGUCGGAUGACCAAAUGGCCGCGUUUAUUGAUUCUGUUGCUGAUGGUUUAUUCGCUGUAUGCGCAACAAUGGGUAUAGUGCCCAUCAUACGUUGUCCUAAAGAUAAUGCUGCUGAGCACGUUGCCAAGCGCUUGGAUCAGAAGCUUCGUGAUAAUCUCAGAGAUGCACGCAACAAUCUUUUCACCAUAGAAAGUGUCCGUGCCGGUCAGUUGAAUGCCAGCCGGCCUCUGCUUAUCAUCGCUGACAGAUCUGCGGAUCUCGCAACAAUGCUUCAUCACACUUGGACGUACCAGGCCUUGGUUCACGAUGUCUUGGCAAGUGCUGCUCCUCCCCUGGAACUGGAUCAGAAUCGUGUAACAGUUGCGGAGAAAUCUGGCAAGAAAAAAGAGUACGACAUGUCUAGUGGUGGCACGGAUAAGCUGUGGACGAAGCACAAGGGUAGUGCUUUCCCGUUGGUAGCCGAAGCAGUACAAGAAGAUCUGGAAGCUUAUCGCAACAGCGAAGACGAAAUUAAACGACUCAAACAUGCGAUGGGUAUGGACGGUACCGAUGCAGAUGCAGCGAUGACAUCCCUUCUGUCGGAUACUACGGCAAAACUAGGAUCCACAGUUACAUCGCUCCCUCAGCUUUUGGAAGCUAAGAGGUUAAUAGAUCUCCACACAAACGUCGCCACUACUCUACUGGAUCACAUAAAACAGCGAAAGCUAGAUGUUCUUUUCGAGCUGGAACAGAAGCUUUUGCAACAUUCUCCUCUUGAAAUCCCUCUUCUUCAAUUGUUAUCGAAUAUCACGAAUCCUGAAGAUAUUCUGAGAGUGAUCUUGAUCAACUAUUUAUGUCAAGAAAACAUUAGCAAGGCUGAGCUAGAGGAGCAAAUGAAUUUCCUUCGUGAGAGAGCUGUGGACGAAUCAGCUUUGCGCUUUGUCCAGAAGAUGAGGUCAAUAUCUCAAUUGGGAAGAACGGCACCAGAGGAGCAUCAGGGUGCUGGUACAAAGACCAUCAGUAUGUUCAACAAGCUGCUCAGUCACAGUUCACGAUUUGUAAUGGAAGGCGUGAAGAAUUUGGUUCCCAAGAAACACAAUCUGCCUCUUACCAGGGUGAGUAUGUCUACAUCUUAG